AUGAAUGAGAAACUGGAAGGAUUACUGUCAUUGAAGGGCAGCGUCGAUUCCCUUAUGACACUGUCGGCCAAACUAAACGAACUUUUAGCCCUCAAGCCCAUUGUCGAGAGUGUAAGGGAGACUGUGAACGGCCUGCAACACUCAAUGGAUUUCUUUUCGGCCGACUAUGACCGCCUCCUCAAGUUGGCGACCACCAACGAACAGAAUGGCAAAGCCCUGCAAACGGAGCUUUCUCAUUUAAAGUCAAUCGUGGAGGCGCAGGCAUCCGAGAUCCAAGAGAUGCGGGUCGCCCUAAACGACAACGAGCAGCACAGCCGUCUGCCAAACCUGGAAGUGCACGGACUUCCUGUCUCACCUCACGAAGAUCUUAUGUCGUUUGCUGAGACUCUAUCAAAAAAACUGAAGAUCUCAAACUUUCAGAAAUCCGACAUUCUUGCUCUUCACCGCUUGCCAGCCAAAUAUGCAAAAAACCCACCGAUUCUGAUCAAAUUCGCGUCUGUCCACAUGAAGGAAUCCUGGAUGGCAGCGCGGGGUACACUUCGUUCGCUGGGUCAGGAUAGUUCUCUUCCCAGACUGUACUUAAAUGACAACCUGACCCACGCGAACAAGGAGCUGUUUUGGCGGGUAGUCCACUUGAAUAUCAAUUAA